GGCAGCGAAGAAGGGCACGGGCCCGGCCUUCUCCGCGCCCGCCGCCGCGUCGGGCCUCGCCGCGCGGUACGCGUCUGGGGGCAUGACUCCGUAGACGACGGACACGUUUACGGCGGCCUUCUUGAACACGCGGCCGCCCUGCAGCACGCGGCUGAUCCGCCGCCCCCGCCCGGGCGCGUCCACGCGUCCUCCCGAAACACCACGCCACCGCCGCCGCUGCCCUCCUCGACUGCCUCGAGCGCCGCGCACACCUCCGCCUGCACCCGCCGGAUCAGGCGCUCGAACCGCGCGCGCGCCGACGAAGACCCCGACGACGCCUCCUCCCCGCGGAGAAAUGUCAGCGGUGGCGCGGCUUCCGGCGUCUCCCGCUCCAUGUCCACCUGCGGUCUGCGGGCGGUGUGAGAGCGAGAUUUCAAGGCGAGUCCACCAGCCAGUACGCCCCCUCCACGUGGACUCGUCUUAUCUCCCACCAGCCAGUGCGAUUGGCAACUCCGCCUGUGUACAUUGCGGCGACGGCGACCCGCGAUGAAGCUCCUCGUGUCACCUCCGCCGCCGCUGUUCCCCUCCUCCCCCUGCCGCCGUUCAGGUAAGGCUAUUCUCCAGAAGCAUUUCCAUGCGGUAGCAACACGAGAAUCUUGCAAAUGCGGGGAAGCCAACAGAACGGCGAUCUGCAGGGUUGCAGAGACCCAUGGCUCUGAACAAGUAAAGGGAAGGGAACCACUUACGCGCGGCAGGGUCAGUCCACGCCUCCCGGUGCCCGAGCACAUCCGCCAACCGCCUUACGAUGGUACCGAUCGUCUGCCAGAUGUAAAUCCCGAUCGGCAAAUGCAUGACCGUGAGAGCAUCGUUCAUAUGAGAGCCGCAUGCGAGCUUGCUGCCCGAGUUCUUCAGUAUGCAGGAACAAUGGUGAAGCCCUCCGUGACGACAGAUGAAAUCGACAGGGCAGUUCAUCAGAUGAUCAUUGAUGCUGGUGCCUACCCUUCUCCCCUUGGAUACGGCGGGUUCCCGAAGAGCGUCUGCACGUCGGUGAAUGAGUGCAUCUGCCAUGGAAUUCCUGACUCACGCGCACUACGGGAUGGGGAUAUCAUCAACAUUGAUGUUACUGUCUACUUAAAUGUAGGAUAUCAUGGUGACACCUCAAGAACAUAUCUGUGUGGGGAGGUCGAUGAACCUACUAAGCAGCUUGUAAAGGUCACUGAAGAGUGCAUGCUGAGGGGCAUAUCAGCCUGCAAACAUGGUGUUAGCUUUAAGGCAAUUGGAGAGAGAAUAAGCGAACAUGUGAACAAGUACGGCUACAGCGUCGAUCCCUUCAUCGGGCACGGAGUUGGGACGAUCUUCCAUUCAGAACCCAUCAUAUGGCACACCUAUGAUUAUGAGCCAGGAUUCAUGGUCGCAGGCCAGACAUUCACAAUCGAGCCUACCCUGUCCAUGGGGAGCACACGGUGCAAGGUGUGGGACGACGGCCGGACCGCCAUCACGGUGGAUGGCAGCCUCAACGCGCAGUUCGAGCAUACGGUGCUGGUUACCGUCAACGGUGCAGAGAUUCUCACAAAGUGUUAAGAGAGGGUGAAAGGUGGUGCGUCAGCGUACCGUUUGAGCGUAUGUUCACAAGCGAGUUCAGCCCAUUGACGGCCCGUCUCAUUGAAGAAAAGUUUUCUUUAGAGAGAAAAUUGAAGAAAAAGUUGUUUUUGAGGUUUCCUUGGAACCUACUCCCUCUGUAAACUAAUAUAAGAGCGUUUAGAUCA